UUGUGAAAUAAUUGGCUGUGGCUUUCAGAUGGCUCGUACAAAGCAAACUGCUCGUAAGUCGACUGGAGGAAAGGCCCCUAGGAAGCAACUCGCUACCAAGGCUGCUCGUAAGUCUGCUCCUACUACAGGUGGAGUCAAGAAGCCUCACAGAUACCGUCCCGGUACUGUUGCUCUUCGUGAAAUCCGUAAGUACCAGAAGAGUACUGAGCUCUUGAUCAGGAAGCUUCCCUUCCAGAGGCUUGUUCGUGAGAUUGCCCAGGACUUCAAGACUGAUCUACGUUUCCAAAGUCAUGCUGUGUUGGCUCUGCAAGAGGCAGCUGAGGCCUAUUUGGUUGGUCUGUUUGAGGACACCAAUCUUUGUGCCAUUCAUGCCAAGCGCGUGACCAUUAUGCCCAAGGACAUUCAGCUGGCUAGGCGUAUCAGGGGCGAGCGUGCUUAAGUUGAUCAACUGUGGCUGUUUUAUUGUUUGCUUUUUUUUAGCUUUUUUGUGAAGACUUUAAGUUGGUAAUGAAAUCUAAUAGUAGGGAUGUUCUAUGUUGAUGCUUAAUUUUGUAAAAGGUGGAAUGGAGGUGUACUGUAAUUGUUCUGUUUUGGGAUGGAAAUGCGCAGUAUUUGGUUGAAUCUCUUUAUGUUUUUGUUGUCACACCGCUGGUGUCGAACAUUGUUUCGGAAUUUUCAUCUAAUGGUUAGCUCAACUACUAUUUGGUAA